CUUACUUCAACAUGGCGGCGCCCGUCACCGACGUGCAGAUCGUGCCUUCCAGAAAGCCAAAAGCCCGAGGACCUCGGCGGGUUGCCAAUCAAAUCCCAGAUGAAAUCCUCCAAGACCCGGAGUUACAGGAGGCAAUCAAAGCCCUGCCUGCAAAUUACAACUUUGAGAUCCACAAGACAGUUUGGAGAGUGAGACAAGCCGAAGCCAGCAGAGUUGCUCUGCAGCUUCCUGAAGGCCUGCAGAUGUUCGCCUGUGUCAUCGCAGACAUCAUUGAAAGGUUUACAGAGGCAGACACCAUCGUGAUGGGAGACGUGACGUACGGGGCCUGCUGUGUGGACGACUUCACCGCCCGAGCCCUGGGAGCCGAUUUCAUGGUGCACUACGGCCACAGCUGUCUCAUCCCCAUAGACUCCACGGCCGGCAUCAAGAUGCUGUACGUGUUUGUGGACAUCCAGAUGGACAAUGCACACUUCCUGGACACGGUCAAGUUCAACUUCCCUCCCGGACAAUCUCUGGCGCUCGUCAGCACUAUUCAGUUUGUGGCAGCUCUGCAGGCUGUGAGCUCGGCCCUGAAGCCAGAGUACGAUGUGCUCGUCCCACAGUGUCGCCCUUUGUCACCGGGAGAAAUUCUGGGCUGCACCUCCCCUCGCUUGGAUCGUCACGUCAACGCCAUAAUCUAUCUCGGAGAUGGAAGAUUUCACCUGGAGUCAAUCAUGAUUGCAAACCCAGAUACCCCUGCGUACAGAUACGACCCUUACAGUAAGGUCUUCACCAGGGAGCACUACGACCACGAAGCCAUGCGCGCGCUGAGGCUUCAAGCUAUUGACGAGGCUCGACAGGCGCAGCGAUGGGGUCUGAUCCUGGGCACGCUGGGUCGGCAGGGCAGCCCCAAAGUCCUGGAGCACCUGGAGUCCAGGCUGCAGUCGCUGGGAAAGACCUUCACGCGAGUGUUGCUCUCUGAGAUUUUCCCCAGUAAGCUGGAUCUGAUGCCAGAUGUAGACGCGUGGGUGCAGAUCGCGUGUCCACGCCUCUCCAUCGACUGGGGCACGGCCUUCUCCAGACCCCUGCUGUCUCCGUACGAGGCGGCUGUAGCUCUGCAGGAGGUCGGCUGGAAGGAAGUCUACCCCAUGGACUUCUACUCCAAUCAGAGCCUGGGCCCGUGGGCGCCCAACCACCCCGACAACCAGCCCGCGCGGCCCGCUCGCAGGCAGACUCAGAAACAAGGCUCAGAGCCAGCCCCUCCCACCAAGGCGUGCGAGCAGAAGCAGUGCGCCCCCUGUGGAUGUCAAGGCGAAUGACGCACGGCGGCCGGCUGUGUCCCUGACCCUUCCCCUGCCUCCACCAGCUGCAGGGAGGUCAGACCGGAGGAGAGGAGCGGGUCCUCCUCUCCAAGAGCGUCUGUCAGCGAGCCCAGCUAAAGCCUGAGGAGUUUUCAGCCCCUCAAACGGAUUACCAGCCGUGUAAAAUCCCUCAUCUUACAGCACAGCAGAUCAAACCAAAUUCAAUGCUCUAUUCACUUUUUUUUUUUUUUUGCAUGGAUUUUUAAGCCCACAAUGCACAGAACCCAGCGAAGAGGUUGUGUUUUCAAAAUUCACAAAUGCUCCUGUGAGUGGCUUUCCACUGUGCAGAGGUAGUAUGGCGGCCUUUCUCUCCUGCAGACACAGCUUCGUGAUUCUUUGAGGAAGCGAGCGAGAUGACCUUGAGCGUGCUGUAUGGAAUUAAGAGUGUGGUAAAGUGGGUGGCCUCUGUCGAACGCCGCCCUGCCGUCCUUGGAUAAAGCACUGUAAAUAUUCUGACACUUCAAACGAGCUUCCCUUUAUUCCAUGUUAGCCAGACAGACACAGCAGUGUGUGAAUUCUGACAUGAUGUGAUGCGACGUAACCUGACUCUCUGUCGUUUUCUUGCUUCUUUAGUUAAACUCUGAGCAGUAAAUGUAAUAAAAUGGGACCUCGUGUGAGUGUUUGGCUUAAACGCGGCGCCAUGCUGAAGAGACGAGCCUGCUAUUUUUUUUUUUUUUUUUAAAUCUGAGCAGUGCUGAGUGCUAGUCACGACUGCUCUCCAUCCUCAUUAUUUAUUGAUGCUGGAGUCUGUCAAUAAAUAAAUAAAUAAGCACACCAUUGCAGUUCGGCUGCUACAGAAAACCCUGAUUGACAGACGCUCGCUGCGGCCUCGGCUGAUCCUCACAGCUCUUCCCAGGCGGACGCACGGAGUCUCAUGAUCUUUUGUGAGUUUCGUUAUUCGCCUACAACUACCAGGCUCCUCCAGUCAGGUGUUUUCCUCGGUGGCAUCUCCCUGGUAACAGGCCAGUGUGAUGCAGCCCGUCCUGCCAGAUAUUCAUUUUUCUCACUAGCAGCUGUUAUUGUGGAGCUCGGUGUUUGAAACGGCGCAGUGUGUGAUGCAAGGUGGUCAGGAAUCGAUCUGUGGCCAGCAGAGCUCGCUCUCUCCCCCUCCCUCUUUCUCCCUCUCAGUAGAGGAAAUAUUUAAUAAAUCAUUAUUUCAUACUGAAGGCCUUCACGUUUCUCAUCAGUCUGAUUUUUUUCUGAACCCUUCUUGGAACAGGUGACGAUCAGCACAUCUUCCUGUCUUGUGUGAGUUUAGCAGAA